CCCCAUCCGUCACAAUGGCGAUCAAGCACAACAACCAGAUUCUCAACCAGCAUUUCCGCAAGGACUGGCAGCAACGUGUGCGCGUGCACUUCGACCAGCCUGGCCGCAAGCACCGCCGUCGUGAGGCCCGUCUCGCGAAGGCCGCCGCCGUCGCUCCCCGCCCGGUUGACAAGCUGCGUCCCGUUGUGCGGUGCCCUACCGUCAAGUACAACCGCCGGGUUCGUGCUGGCCGUGGUUUCACCCUGGCCGAGCUGAAGGAAGCUGGUAUCCCCAAGAAGCUCGCCCCUACCGUUGGUAUCGCCGUCGACCACCGCCGUGUCAACUACUCUAAGGAGUCUCUGGCCGCCAAUGUCGCUCGUCUCCAGGACUACAAGGCCCGCCUGAUCCUCUUCCCCCGCAAGAGCGGUCAGUUCAAGAAGCUUGACUCGUCUGCCGACGAGGUCAACGCUGCCAAGGCUGCUUUCGCUGCUGAGGGCAAGACCGAGGGUUACGCCACGAGCGUCGGUGCUACCUUCCCCGUCAAGAACCUCUCUCCUGAGGAGGCUGUCACCGACGUCAAGCGUGACGACCUUCCCAAGGGCGAGGAGGCCGCUUUCCGCCGGUUGCGUGAGGCUCGCAGCGAGGCUCGCCACAAGGGUAUCCGGGAGAAGCGUGCUAAGGCUAAGGCCGAGGAGGAUGCUGCUGCCAAGAAAUAAAUGUGAUUUCCAGAUAAUGAUGAAUGGGGUCUGUUUUCACGCCGGGAACUAGUGUACUGUGGCAUGGCGUAGCGCCGCUUUUCUCUUAUUACCUUUGUCCUUAACCCAAAAAGCUCCGGUCCUCUCGAAAUGCAAAUGUCCCACUUUUACGUUACACUAUGGGGGUUUAAUGGCAACGUACGCCUGACUUUCGGUGUUUUGAAGAUGCAUCCAACUGCGUCUUGGGCAUGGGGGUUUUCGAGAACGAGCCUACGGGAAUGUAGAUUGGUCUUGGAUUUUUGUCGAAUCGAUGGAUGAGUAUUUGGUAGACGCUCAAAUAAUCUUGGUUAGCGAAGAAAUGAAAUAAUAUGAA